AUGGCGGUUCAAACUCAGGAGGCCGAGGACCGGCCACGAUUCGAAAGAACGCAAACACAGCCUGAGAACCCGUUCGCUGGUCUCAUUCCCGAGCAGCAAAUCGCCAUCAUCCCCUCCUUCACACUCGAGUCUGGGGUGACGCUCUACAAUGUCCCCGUGGCGUACACAACGAGGGGAACGCUCAAUCCCAACGGGGACAAUGCCAUGGUCAUCUGCCAUGCCCUGACGGGAAGCGCAGAUGUCAGCGACUGGUGGGGUCCUCUGCUCGGCGGCCCAGGGAGGUCCUUCGACACGUCGAGAUUCUUCGUCGUCUGCAUGAACAGCCUCGGCAGCCCAUAUGGCACAGCAAGUCCUGUCACGGCAAAGGAUGGUGAUCCGUCCAAGGGCCGAUAUGGCCCUGAAUUCCCCCUGACCACCAUCAGGGACGAUGUCAAUCUUCACAGGCUCCUCCUUGAUGAACUUGGCGUCAAGCAAGUAGCAGCUGUCAUUGGUGGUUCUCUCGGCGGUAUGUUCGUCCUCGAAUGGGCUUACUUUGGCAAGGACUACAUCCGCUGCAUUGUCCCCAUCGCCACCUCCAGUCGACACAGUGCCUGGGGCAUCAGCUGGGGCGAGGCUCAGCGCCAGAGCAUCUACGCCGAUCCCAAGUAUGAGGAUGGCUACUACACCUUCGAGGACCCCCCGGCUGCCGGUCUUGGUGCCGCUCGCAUGUCGGCCCUCCUGACCUACCGCAGCCGCAACUCGUUUGAGUCGCGCUUCGGCCGUAAUACCCCCGACCCUUCAAAAAGGCAGGUCAUUCGCGAGAGGCCCCGGCCCACGACCCCCUCGGGCGCCCACUUCCACAUCCACAACGACGGCCACCGCGUCUCUCGCGCCGGCAUGUCUCGCCACAACAGCGGCGGCAGCCAGGCGAGUAUCGGCACGCCGGCCACCGUCGACGCCGCGUCCGUCCUGCCGACGCGGAUCCGCAGUUCCACGGCCCCCAGACGAGAGCCUCACGCGGCGACAAACUGCAACGUCGACGUACUUCUCGGCCCAGUCCUACCUGCGCUACCAGGGCGGCAAGUUCCGACGGCCUCUUCACCUUUGCCGAGCAGGAGGAGAUUUGCCGAGCACAUCAAGCUCGGCAAGCUGGAGCGCAUCGACAGUCCAGAAGGCCACGAUGCUUUCCUGCUGCAGUUUGAGCAGGUCAACAAAUACGUCCUCGCCUUUCUGAAAGAGGUCUUGCCGGAUAUCAUGGACAAGGAGAGCCAGUCAGUCGAGGAGGAAGGCGUCGGCAAGAUAACUAAGAGCAGUACGUUCGGCGAGGCAGAAGUCGAGGACAUUACGGCAUGGUAG